AUGGUUAGGAAUAUCAUUGUGCUGGGAGGCUCAUCCCACCCACACCUUAAUAAGGCAAUAUGUGAGCAUCUGGGCAUUCCGCUGGCCAAUGUGCUGUUGUCGAAAUUCUCCGUCGGCGAGACUCGGGUGGAAAUCAACGAGUCUGUACGUGGAAAGGAUGUGUACAUUAUCCAGUCAGGUGGAGGCAAGGUCAACGACCACUUAAUGGAGCUCCUAGUGAUCAUUUCUGCUUGCAAAACUGCUUCCGCGAAAAGAGUCACCGCCGUUCUGCCUCUGUUCCCUUACUCCCGUCAGAGUGAUAUCCCUUACAACAAGAUUGGUGCUCCACUUGUAAAGUCUUCCGUCCCCAAAUCUGACAUCGCUCCCAAUUACACAUUCGAGAGCACGCCGCCGACCCCACACGCUGGAAAAUCCGAAAGCAUUGGCCUGGUAAAUGGCAUCGACGGUUUACAAAAGGGCCUCACACAGAUUCAAAUUGAACAGCAUGAAAUGUCUUCCAGCGGCAGUCCCCAGAAAGCCCGUUUUGGCCAUUAUGCUAACGGCCCGCAAAAAAACUGCGACACUACAGACUCCACCAAGUCAGAUACUAGCAAUCGAAACCGGAAUCCUAACGCUAUACCUCCUACCAACAGCAUUGCGAGCAACGAUGAUAUGGCGAGUGUGGCGUCGAAUUCGUCUAAAAUAAGCACUUUCCACCCACGUCCUGGAUAUCGACAAUGGGUUGCCCAAGCGGGCACCCUCGUGGCGGACCUCCUCACCUGUGCUGGUGCGGAUCACAUUAUCACAAUGGAUUUGCAUGACCCCCAAUACCAAGGGUUUUUUGAUAUCCCUGUUGAUAACCUCUACGGUCGACCAUUGUUGAAGAAAUAUAUCACGGAGAAUAUCCCAAAUUACAAGGCUAGCAUUAUUGUCAGUCCAGAUGCGGGAGGAGCUAAACGGGCCACUGCUAUAGCUGAUUCCCUUGGGAUGGAUUUUGCGUUGAUUCACAAGGAACGUCGCCCAACCAAAAUCACAGAUCGCCAGAACGCAACCAUGAUGCUAGUAGGUGAUGUCAAUGGCCGAACAGCUAUCCUAAUUGACGACCUUGCCGAUACCUCCAAUACUAUUACGCGAGCUGCGAAACUGCUAAAGAAGGAAGGGGCCUCACGGGUAUACGCCCUUGUUACACACGGAAUCCUCAGCGGAGACGCUAUCGAGCGAAUCAACGCCAGCGCACUGGAUAAAGUGGUCGUCACAAACACUGUGGCUCAAGACGAACACCGAACCCGUUGCCCAAAACUGGAAGUCUUAGAGGUUGGCCAUGUUUUUGCUGAGGCUAUACGUCGUGUCCAUCACGGAGAAAGUAUCAGUGUUCUCUUCCAAUACGAUUGACCCAACACCUUGUUAUUCUUCUGUUGGGGUGUCAUUCUCCAUUCCGAUUCCACUCUUCUACUCCCAGACAAGGACAAGGAAAACGAACCCUUUUUGUUUAAUGUUCCGCCCUGCACAUAUCAACAUAAUAAUUGAUCAUUAAUCGCAAGUACGAUAAAGCUUAAAAUGCACAAAAACAAGUCCAAAAUCUAGAAUCUUAAAUCAAUGAUCCUCUUGCUCGGUUUUUAAAACUUGGAGCGUCAACCCAGAGGGAAAAGGGGAAGUUACUUGCAAGGCCGAUUCUUGUCACAGGCAUGCAUAUAUACAUCAGUCUGGGGAAAUAACAUCUCUAUCCCAACCCCUUUUCCCCAAAUAGCUCACAGCACUAGGGAUUGAUUCAUCGAUUACUUGAUUAAUGAGCCAUCCCACUGGUU